CGGCGAUGGAGGUGAAGCGGCUGAAAGUGACCGAGCUGCGGUCGGAGCUGCAGCGGCGGGGUCUGGACUCGCGCGGCCUUAAGGUGGAUCUGGCGCAGCGACUGCAGGAGGCGCUGGACGCCGAGAUGCUCGAGGACGAGGCCGGUGGUGUCGGGGCCGGGCCCGGCGGGGCCUGCAAGGCGGAGCCUCGGCCUGUGUCCGCGUCGGGCGGCGAUCCGGGCGGGGACGAGGAGGACGAAGACGACGAGGAGGAUGAGGAGGCGCUGCUUGAGGACGAAGACGAAGAGCCACCGCCUGCCAAGUCCCCGGACCAGGCCGCGCAGCCGCCGCCGGAGCCCCCGGAGGCAGCGACAGCGGAGGCCGCGGCCGAGCCCGAUGCUUCUUCCGAGGAGCCGGCGGAAGCCACGGCCGAGUCAGGUGGGGUCAAUGGUGGCGAAGAGCAGGGCCCCGGCAAGGGGGAGAGCGACGAGGCCGAGGAGCGGAGCGGGGACGAGACUCCGGGAUCCGAAGCGCCGGGUGACAAGGCCGCCGAGGAGCAGGGAGAUGACCAAGAUAGUGAAAAGUCAAAACCAGCAGGCUCAGAUGGUGAGCGGCGGGGGGUAAAGAGACAGCGGGAUGAGAAGGAUGAACAUGGCCGAGCUUACUAUGAAUUCCGAGAGGAGGCUUACCACAGCCGCUCAAAAUCCCCGCCACCCCCUGAAGAAGAGGCAAAAGAGGAGGAGGAAGAUCAGACCCUUGUGAACCUGGACACGUAUACCUCGGAUCUCCAUUUUCAAGUGAGCAAAGACCGCUAUGGAGGGCAGCCUCUGUUCUCAGAGAAAUUCCCCACCCUCUGGUCUGGGGCAAGAAGUACCUAUGGCGUGAAGAAAGGGAAAGUCUGCUUUGAAGCCAAGGUAACCCAGAAUCUCCCAAUGAAAGAAGGCUGCACAGAAGUUUCUCUCCUUCGAGUUGGGUGGUCUGUCGAUUUUUCCCGCCCGCAGCUUGGUGAGGAUGAAUUCUCUUACGGCUUUGAUGGACGAGGACUUAAAGCAGAGAACGGACAGUUUGAAGAGUUUGGCCAGACUUUUGGGGAGAAUGAUGUCAUUGGCUGCUUUGCUAAUUUUGAGACAGAAGAAGUAGAGCUCUCCUUUUCCAAGAAUGGAGAAGACCUAGGUGUGGCAUUCCGGAUCAACAAGGAAUCCCUGGCUGACCGGGCCCUCUUACCCCAUGUCCUCUGCAAAAAUUGUGUUGUAGAGUUAAACUUUGGUCAGAAGGAGGAGCCCUUCUUCCCAGCACCAGAAGAGUUUGUGUUCAUCCAUGCUGUGCCUGUCGAGGAGCGGGUGCGCACUGCAGUCCCUCCCAAGACCAUAGAGGAGUGUGAGGUGAUUCUGAUGGUAGGACUCCCUGGAUCUGGAAAGACCCAGUGGGCACUGAAAUACGCAAAAGAAAACCCCGAGAAAAGAUACAAUGUUCUGGGAGCUGAGACUGUGCUCAACCAGAUGCGGAUGAAGGGACCUGAAGAACCACAGAUGGACCCAAAAAGUCGGGAUCUUUUAGUUCAGCAAGCCUCCCAGUGCCUUAGUAAGCUGGUCCAGAUUGCUUCCCGGACAAAGAGGAACUUCAUUCUCGAUCAGUGUAAUGUGUACAACUCUGGCCAGCGGCGGAAGCUGUUGCUGUUCAAGUCCUUCUCUCGGAAAGUGGUGGUGGUUGUCUCAAACGAGGAGGAUUGGAAGAAGCGGCUGGAGCUGAGGAAGGAAGUGGAGGGAGAUGAUGUGCCCGAGUCAAUCAUGCUGGAGAUGAAAGCCAACUUCUCUCUGCCUGAAAAAUGUGACUAUGUGGACGAGGUAACAUACGGAGAGCUGGAGAAAGAGGAGGCUCAGCCCAUUGUCACUAAGUACAAGGAAGAGGCACGGAAGCUGCUGCCCCCCUCAGAGAAGCGGACAAACCGCCGAAAUAAUCGAAACAAGCGUAACCGGCAGAACCGAAGCCGAGGCCAAGGCUAUGUGGGCGGGCAGCGCCGAGGCUACGACAACCGGGCCUACGGGCAGCAGUACUGGGGGCAGUCUGGAAACAGAGGGGGUUACCGUAACUUCUAUGACCGAUACCGGGGGGACUAUGAUCGAUACUACGGGCGAGAUUACGAGUACAACAGAUACAGAGACUAUUACCGACAGUACAAUCGGGAUUGGCAGAAUUACUACUACCACCACCCGCAGGACAGAGACCGGUACUACAGGAAUUACUACGGUGGUUACCAAGGCUAUCGGUGAAGCCUCGGCCAUUGUCGCCUGUCAGCCAUGAAGCUGAACCUCUGGGGGUGCCAGGCACUCCCCAAAACACAACCAAGGAAAACAGGGGCUGUCGGGGUGGGGCUGAGCUGCCGGGGAGGGG